AUGAGUAGAAAACUCAAGGAAGUUGAGCCUAAGUUCUCAAUUCAUGAUAAGGAAAUGCUGGCCAUAAUGCAUGCUUCAACCAAGUUUAGGCAAUACUUGGUUUGUGGUAAGUUUUUGGUUAAAAUUGAUCAUAACAGCUUGAAGUACUUCCUUAACCAAAGAUAUUUGAGUGAUAGGCAGCAAAAAUGGGUAAGAAAAAUUCAGGCCUAUGACUUUGAUAUUGAAUAUGUAAAGGGGAAUAACAAUGUAGUGGCUGAUGCCCUAUCUAGAAAACUUCAUUUACAUUCGAUUACUGAUUUAUUUGCUUAUUGGAGGUCAUUAAUUACAAUUGAGUACAUCAAGGAUUCAUUUGCUGAUGAUAUUUUGGAAGAUAAAGCAUAUGAUGACAAGUUUGAGGUGGUAAAUGAGUUGAUCAUCUUUAAGGGACGUGUGUAUCUUACACCUAAAUCUAAGAUGAAGGGAAAGAUUUUGCAAGCUUACCACAAUACACCCCUUGCCGACCUUCCACGAUUAUACAAAACAUACAAGCAAGGCAACGAUUUUCUUGGAAAGGAUUGA